AUGUGUUUUAGAAGGUGUACCAACCGUGCUGGUUAUAAGUUGCUCGUCUUUGCUUUGCUCAGCAUCGUGGCCAACAUUGUACUUUAUUUUCCCCAUGGCGAGACAAGAUAUGCUGCAGAGCAUCAUCUCAGCAAAUAUGUGGAGUGCCUAAAUGGCAUUCUAGGUGGAGGCAUUUUGGUCCUCAUCCCAGCUGCAGUCUUCAUUUGCCUUUACAGUGAGGACUGCUGUGGGUGCUUUGGCCGUGAGGGCUGUGGGAAAGGCUGUGCGAUACUGUCUGCAGCGCUGUCAGCCUUUAUUGGGAUGCUUGGUUCUGGAUACUGUGUCAUCAUUUCAGCACUGGGCUUGUCUUAUGGACCAUAUUGUUUUAGUCGCCUACAAAGAAGGUGGAUCUAUCCUUUUGCUGAUUCCUCUGGAAGUUACUUGCUUGACUAUGAUAGGUGGUCUGAAUGUCAAGAACCUUAUAACAUCGUGCAGUGGAACAUUACCUUCUUUUCCCUCCUCAUUGUCUUCGGAGUACUAGAGUUCCUUUUAUGCCUCGCGCAGAUAAUCAGGGGCAUGUUUGGAGGACUAUGUGGGUUGUGCUGCAGUGAUGAGGAGACAAGUGUUUGCUAG